GUGGCGCUCUAUGCGUUACUGCCUACACCUCUACCUGUGGCAUCAGCAUCAGUAUCGUACCCACGUGCCCACGUUACAGCCCGCGCGGUUUGUGUGAAUCGGUUGCAUUGUGAUACACCGAACGCACGUGUUUGACCUGUCAGCCAUGGCUCAGAUGAGUGAUUCAACAGUAAAUUUUUUAAUCAAAUACAUGUCCGUGACCACUAAAGUAGACUGGUUGCGGGUGUCCAUGAUUGUGGCUGCAGAUGUAAUCAACGAAGAGCGGAAGCGGGAACGCGAAGCCGCCCAACAAAUCUCAGAACGACGACGUCAGUCCGCUGUGCGUCAGGCGGACAAGAAAACUAAGCAGACGACCACGGAUCGCAUUUCGAGCUGCCCGAGUCUGCGUGGCGCCGCGCACUCCGGCAGCCCUCGCAAGCGUCCACGGAGCCUCGGUGAAGAAGGCACGUGUUCACCGGACGACUCCAAGUUCAUUGUGAACCUCGACGUUCGCGGCUACAAGCGUGAGGAAAUCUCCAUCAAGGCAGUCGGCGACCGCGUCGAGGUGAGCGCGAAGCACGAGGAAGGGAGCGAGGACGGUUCUAACUACGUGAAGCACGAGUUCACUCGGCGGUUCACCCUCCCCGAAGGAGUGAAAGCCGAGACGGUCACCUGCGCCCUGUCAUCGUCCGGCGUGCUGGCCAUCGAAGCACCUAAGCCGAAGCCUCCCAGCAAGAAGCCGAAGACGAUUCCCACCGCUGUUCAGUCGUCGGUCUAGUAAGGAGGCGGAAAAACCAGAAGGCACCACCAAAGCUGCACUGGCGUCGUGAAUAGAACAUUCCUGCAUUUUGUAUUGUCAUCUUUAGGAGCACGUCUUUCCGUUCGCAAUGUGCGUCCACAUUCCGCAACUUCAACAUCACGUAUCUUGCAAAGUAAAAUGUGUAUUUUAUCCCAAAUGCAGCUAGCAGCAUUGUUCUUUAUUUCUGCACCUGACCGUAAAGUUGCUGCUGGCGGACAGGCUCAAAAGGCUUAAGAGCUAGGCCUUCAGCUAUAACAAUUUGCGAGAAAAGUUUUUUCUUCUUCCUUCUUUCUCUCUCUCUCUUUUUGCAAUGUGCAUUUCCUAUGUCGAGCUGUGAACACAUACAUGCAGUGAAUGCUUGCAGUACUACCAUCUCCCAUCGCUUCGAUCGCUAAAUUCCAGAGCAAUAAAUGUUGAAGUGGCUAAGAAGCUAAACUUUUUAGUAGAUUUGGUGCUGUAAAAACUUGCGGUUGGCUGUACGGUAUCAUUCAGUGUCACAUUAUUUCAAUUAAAAUAUACAGGUAUGUGCAAUAUA